AAGAAGAAAGUGGUCGACAAAGGGCUGCUUCAUGUCUGUCAAAGGCUACUCAUUCUCUGUUUUUCUGAGAAGAAAAAAAAAGGCUACUCAUUCUCAAGUGAAAAACAGAGUGGAGAAAAACCAUCUUGAUAUUAUUUCUCAUGUGCAGUCCUCCCUAUAUGUAAUUAUUUAUCAUCUUCAACUGUAAACUCCUCUUAUAAGCUCUCGAAGUAUACAAUUCUUCUGAAGAAAAUAUUCAUGUUUAAUUUUCAAGUUCCCACAUCUAUCUUCUAGUUGAAUAUCAGAUGGUGUAAAUCUUGGGUACCAAUUUCGACUAGUGGACUCACGACUGGAGGUCUCCUAGGACUGGCAAGCAACAAGUCAAAGCAUGGCAUUCUCUUCCUCUCUGGAUGUGAUAUAAUUGGAAGAAAGGGAGCAUAAAAACUUGGUGACUAAAGCUAGAAGGGAGUUUGAACUCUGAAUUUAAAAAUGGAUCAGGCUGUAGUGGAACUCUUGAUUGAAAAUAUCAUUUCAAUCCUUUCAAAUGAAGCAUCUUUGUUAUGGGGGGCUCGUGAUGCAAUUGAAGAUAUCAAAGAUGAGUUAAUAAGCAUGCAAUCAUUCUUAGUAGAUGCUGAUAGAAAGGGAGUAGGGAGGGAAGGAGAGAAAACUUGGGUGGCAAAUGUGAGGGACUGGGCGUAUGAUGUUGAAGACAUUAUUGAUGAGUACAUGUAUCACAUAAAUCACCAACAAAUUGGCGGUCAAUCUUCCUGGAACCUUCACCACACCAUUAACUUUCCAAAAAAUCUCUGGAUGAGACGUCAAACUGCCACCAAGAUACAAAAAAUUAACGAGAAAAUAAAGGGCGCCAUACCAGAGAGGAAGCAAAGAUAUGGUAUUGAUCAUAUAGAGGGAACUAGUUCUAAAGAUAAUCAGAAAUGGGUGGUGCGUCAUGCUGAAUCAUCUCUUUUUUUUAAAGAAGACGAACUUGUUGGGAUUGAAAAGAAAAGGCAAUCGUUAAUGAAAAGGUUGAUGGAUGGAAAACCACAUCUGACUGUCAUUUCGAUAGUUGGGAUGGGAGGUUCAGGCAAGACCAUACUAGCUGCCAACACCUACAAUAAUGAUGAUGUAAAGAAACAUUUCGACUGUUGUGCAUGGAUCACAAUUUCCCAAGCAUACGAAUUAGAAGACGUAUUGAGGAGCUUGAUUAUGGAAUUCCACGAGUCAAGGAAGGAAACAAAUCCAGCAGACUUGAAUUCCAUGAGCUACAGACUCUUAGUAAAAACACUGGUGAGUUAUUUAGAGGAGAAAAGGUAUCUACUUGUCCUAGAUGAUGUUUGGGACACAAAACUCUUGGAUGAAAUAAAGGUAUCACUUCGAGAUAGUUGUCUUGGGAGUAGAAUCAUCCUUACAACUCGAAAAGAAGAUGUAGCUUGCUAUCAUUUGGGAGGUAAACAUCAUAUUCAUCAUAUUCAGUUGCUGCAAAACGAAGAGGCAUGGGAGCUCUUUUGCAAUAAAGCAUUCAUAAAUUGUACCAAUGGAAGUUGUCCACUGGAGCUUAAAUCUUCUGCUAAAGAACUUGUGCGAAAAUGCGAUGGCCUACCUCUUGCAAUUGCGGCUUUGGGUAGUCUUAUGUACUCCAAGAAUAUGUCUGAGUGGAACGAAAUUUACAACAGCUUGAAUUGGAGUCUGAGUAAAAAUCCUAAGCUAGAAGCAGUGAAGAGCAUUUUGUUGCUUAGUUUCAACGAUUUACCAUAUCAAUUGAAGCAUUGUUUCCUAUAUUGCUCUCUUUUCCCAGAAGAUCAUGAGAUUCGAAGAAAGAGGCUCAUAAAGCUAUGGAUGGCAGAAGGAUUUGUAGAACAAGAUAAAAGGUCCAUGCCAGAGGAAGUAGCAGAGAGCUACAUAUUAGAACUCAUAUUUCGAAGCAUGCUUCAAGUUGUAAAAAGGAAUGCAAAUGGAAGGCCAAAGAGAUGUAAACUGCAUGAUAUUCUGCGGGAGCUUGCUCUAUCAAUAUCAGAGAGAGAGAAGAUUGGUGUUGUACAUGUUGGAAGAGAAGAAAUGACAGAAUGUGAAGCACGCCGCCUUUCAAUUCACAAAACUGAUGGAGAAGUCAAAUCAUUUACGAGUACGUCAAAGCUCCGUUCUUUUCUUGUUUUUAACAAGAUGUUGAAAACAUUGCCUCUUGGAAGUAAAAUGUUAAGGGUCCUAGAUUUGGAAGAUGCCCCCAUUGAUGACUUGCCUGAUGAACUAUUCAAAUUAUUUAACUUAAGAUAUUUGAAUUUAAGGGGAACUUUAGUUAAGGAGAUUCCAAAAUCUAUAGGGCGGCUCCGAAACCUUCAAACCUUGGACAUCCGAGACACAAAAGUAGAGAUCCUUCCUUGUGAAAUAGGAGAGUUGCAAAACUUGCGGCAUCUAAUUCUACACCAAUACACUGGAAAUUGGAAUGAUUUCAAAAUUGUUAUUGGGCCGCGAACACCAUCAAAUAUCUGUGGAUUAAAAAAUUUGCAAGUUGUGACAUAUUUAGAAAUAAAAGGUGACUUGUUGAAACAGAUUCGGAGCAUGACUCAGCUUACCGCGAUCGUUCUUUCAAAUGUGAAAGCAGCAGAUGAGAUGGACUUAUGUGAUUCAAUUCAUAACAUGAAGCUUAUGCGCUAUUUGUGUAUCGUGGUUACAAAUGCGGAGGAAACCCUCCGUAUGGAUGCACUUUCAUCUCCUCCUACCAACCUCCAAAAGCUUGCUUUGGUUGGAAAACUAGAAAAGGUGCCACAGUGGUUUCAUUCACUUCAAAGCCUCACAGCUUUGGCUCUGCAUUGGUCGAGACUGGAAGAAGAUUUACUCCCUCACAUUGCUGCUUUGCCCCAUUUGGGACAUCUUGAACUUUCUAAUGCCUAUGUUGGAAAACAGCUAUGUUUCAGUACAGGCUUUCUUAAGCUUACAACAUUUAGUAUUCAUAAUUUCCCUCAAUUGAAUGAGAUAAUAAUAGAAAAGGGGGUGAUGCCAAAUCUGAAAUCCCUAGGGAUUUACAGCUGCAUGGAGUUAAAGACAGUGCCCAAGGGCAUUGAAUACCUUCAAAAUCUCCAAGAACUGUAUUUGAAAUAUGUCUCAAUGGAACUUGAAAAUCGCAUUCGCGAAGUGGAUUCUCCAAAGGUGCAGCACAUACCAGCAAUCUACAUCUCGAAGUAAUUCAAAAUGUUUAACAAAGAAUCAUGCUGGCUAUUGCUUGAUUGCUUGGAGUUUGUUUUAUCUACCAUCUUGGCAUAAAAAAAUAAAAAAAUAAAAUAAAUUCCUUGCAAUAGAUAAUGUUAGUUUCUAGGCCUGACUCAAAAUACUGUUUAUAUAAAUGUAUUUGGAUGUAUUCUGUUUGUGGGUAUGUCAAGCCCACCAUAUGUUUGAGGAAAGUCCUUUGUGGAUGUUGCGUGAUUGGAAGAUACAAGAUUUUGACCUAUGUAACCCCACGACUUUUGCUGGAUUUUUCAUUAUGCGUCUUUCAUGGGUGUUGAUAAUCCUAAGCUUGCAUAUAAUUUAUUGGUCCAUUAUAGUGAGCACACGUUAGCCUGUGAUUUGUUUAUAUAUAAAUCUUUGUGUUGCAAACUUUUAAGUGCAUACUUUGCUACUUAUAUAAUUUGGGAACUAGUCCUCAUGAAAUACAUUGAUUAAUAAUAGCUUCUCCUUUUUAUAUUUUAUUAUUAUUAUUUUGCCUUUGAUAAUAGGAUGUUUUAACUCUUAAGUGCUCACAUUGUUAGUCUGCCACACUGAGGUCAUAGAUUUAUAGUCUAAUUUAAGAUAGGAUGUCUUCGGUAAUUUUUUUUUAGCUUGGCACAUGCUGCCUAUGUCUUUUCAUUGAUUGCCCUUGUACUCGUUUGUACAUACUACUAUCCAUUUGAGAAGCAGCAUAUAAGUUAAGAAAUAAUUUUCUUGAGUUUAUGUACCCUCGUAUUUUCCUCAUAGGUGUUCCCUUCCCAUUUAGGUUGAGACAAUAUUAUUUUGAGGAGAUCAUGUAUGGGAGGGGGACUAGUGCCUUGUUUUUGGGAAGAUACUCUUAAGAGUUAGGUCGUACUUUCUUUUUGCACUGACUCUUAACCAUAGUACCCAAUAGAUGCAAAAACUAAUAGCCAGAAGACGCACAGUCUCUCUCCAUUUCUAUAUCUAUGCAUCAUGCAUGAAAAAGUGGUUGUAUCAAGUUAAGAAAAAAGUUAUCAGUUUCUGUUUUAGACCCUAUGCUCUCAAGUUCGCAAUUCCUAUAUGGAUGAGAUGUGAUUAAGGUUUAUUUAUUUUCUGAUAAGUAUAAUCACAAUUUAAUUAUUUUCCCUUUAUUGAUGCAUCUUUGCCAUUAACCUAUGGUUCUUGAGUCCUAGUUAAAAAUCCUUGACUUAGAUAUAAAUUCUUAAUGAGAUUUCCAAUUUUUCUCUAUUUUUCCAAUUCUUCUUUUGGGUAGCAAAUCUCUUGCUUUUAAUUGUAUUUUUAUUGUAUUCCUCAUUGUUAGGUUGUCAUAAGCUCAUGGAGAGAAAUGAGUGAUCCAAGUCAUAAUUUCCAACUAAUACAUGUUGAACAAUUUUGUUUAUGUCUUCUUUUAUGUGAUUGGAACUGCAACUUGAUACUUUGUGUUACCUAAGUUAGCAAUAUCUAUUUGAAUUUGUUAUCAUACUCUUAGACAUAACUCAUAAGUUACUCUCUGUU